AUGUUAAAAAACAAUUACAACAAUAAAAAAGAGCAAAGACAAAAACAACAACAACGACCAAGAGAUUUAAAAAUUUAUAUUAAUCCAAGUGGUUAUCGUAAAUACUAUGAUGAAAAUAGUAAAAGUUGGAAAUUUACUCAUCGUACAGUUGGUCAAAGAAAAGUUGGCAGAGAGUUAUACGCUAAUGAAGUGGUCCACCAUAUUAAUAAAGAUACAUCUGAUAAUAGAUAUAGUAAUUUAGUUGUACUCAAAAAAAAUAUUCAUGAACAAGUCCAUAAAUCAAGUUACAACGAAAGUAAUUGUUGUUUUAGAUGUGGUCGUGGUUCUCAUUGGAGUAGUAGCUGUUAUGCUUCUAACGAUAUUGAUGGUAAUGAAUUAUAA